CGUGUAAAAUAACGAAGAAGCGUCCGAGCCAAGAAAUCAUCCUCCAUUUGUUUAUCUCUUGGCUUUUAAUCCAAUCACGCAUUUCUGUAUAUAUAUCAUUCGGAUCUUUCUUUUCCGUCUAAAGCUUUCAAAGCGAGUUUUUACUCUGUCUCAAUUUCUCUCUGCCAACAAGACACAUUCCUUCCAAAGAAUCACAGAUCCUUCUUCCAAAGCCAUGGAUAGGAGGUCCAGUUGUGGGGUUUUCGUUGGUAUAGACAACAGCGAGAACUGAGCAAAUUUUGGUUCUGUUCAAAAACGUGUUGCAGGAGUGUUUAAGCCGGUGCUUGACGUGAAGGGGAAUAAAUAUGUUGGGGGAUUUCAUAACCAGAUGUCUUCUGCUGCUUCUUGGUUAUGCCUAUCCCGCACUCGAGUGUUACAAAACCGUGGAGAAGAACAGGGUCGGGAUCGAAGAACUCCGAUUUUGGUGUCAAUAUUGGAUCAUUGUGGCUAUACUUACAGCUCUUGAGAGGGUGGUGGACGUAUUCAUGACAUGGUUUCCUUUAUACGGUGAGAUGAAGCUGGCACUUAUUAUCUACCUAUGGUAUCCAAAGACCAAGGGAACCGGUUAUGUAUACGAUACCCUGUUGCGGCCGUACGUAGCUAAGCAUGAAACAGACAUCGACCAUAAGUUGUCGGAGUGGAGGGCAAGAAUGUGGGAUUUGGCCAUUUUCUAUUGGCAAAACUGCUCGGAAUUAGGACAGUCGGCAUUCUUCCAAGUCUUGCAGUACUUCGCUGCUGGAAGGUCCAAUCACACUAACAAUGAGAGGGCCCAGAAUCAUAGUUCGAGCACGCCCCAACCGCCCCCAAAUGGUGCAACCAACAACCAAGCCAGCCGGUCGGGCAAAAACAAGUGGCCUCCGAGUCCGAGUGCCCCGCCACUGCUUGGCAGCAUGUUCAACCGCGUAUUUGCCCAGCCAGCUAAAUCCGAUGUCGCACAAGUUCACCUCAACAACCAAGUAGAAUACUUGCACCCUGACGACGAGUACAACCAGGAGCGCGGCCCAGACGAUUCCCCGGAAAACCAUUCGAGCAAAAACUCUCACCUAAAGUUUAGGCGCUCUAAACCACACUAUUGAGAAUUGUACAAAUACGUUGAUUCUUUUCGGAAAAUUUGGAAAUCUUAUUUCAUUAUUUUCUUCUUGUAAUAUAUACUUUCCUGUUAUAAGCUUCAGACAUUCUCCCUGGGGUUUUCCAUUGAAAAUGGUGUAAAAAAAAAAACAAAACAAAACCAAAUUCACACAGGAAAAAAAAAAAAAAAAAAAAAA